AUGUCCAGAAUCGAUGACACUUCAACUUCAACACAAGCAACCAUAGUCGAUGUGUUGCCAUCCGAAGUCAAAAAAGAUCCGGUUCAUAAUGAAGUGAUUCAUGAAGCAAAUGAAAAUGAAAAGGAAUCUCUACGUGAUUCGAGAGAACCAGCUCAGGAUCAAUUGGCACUAAUUUCUUUCAAAAGUCUCAUUGCAAUUUUCGUAGGACUUUCGUUAGCAAUUUUUCUUGCAUCUCUUGAUAUUACGAUAGUUGCUACUGCGUUGCCAAAGAUCGCAUCGGAAUUUAAUGCAUUAUCAGACAUAUCGUGGGUUGGAACUUCAUAUCUGCUUACUUCGACUGCAUUUCAACCACUUUAUGGGAAAUUUUCUGAUAUUUUUGGACGAAAAGCUACAUUUAUUUUUGCACUUGGCGUUUUUGAAGCUGGUUCACUGCUUUGUGGUAUUUCACAAAAUAUGACAAUGAUGAUUAUCAGUCGCGCAAUAUCUGGUCUUGGCGGUGGAGGCAUGUUCUCAUUAUGUAUGAUCAUUAUCGCUGAUAUUGUACCCUUACGUGAACGAGGAAAGUAUAUGGGUAUAAUCGGUGCCACUUAUGCAAUAGCCUCAGUAGUCGGUCCUUUAAUGGGUGGCGCAUUUACAGAUCAUUUGACUUGGCGUUGGUCUUUUUUUAUUAAUCUGCCAUUCGGUGCAUUCACGGUCAUUGUUGUUAUAUUUAUACUUCAUUUACCACAUGUUUUCGGCUCUUUCAAAGAAAGGUUAAUGAGAAUAGAUUGGAUAGGCACAAUUUUCCUUAUAUCAUCAGUCAUCGCUCUUUUAUUACCUUUGAAUUGGGGUGGCAGCAAAUACACAUGGGACUCGGCAAUUGUUAUAUCAUUAUUCUGUGUGUUUUUCGUGUUAACUUGUGUCUUUGUAUACGUUGAAUUGAAGAUUGCAAAAGAACCAAUUAUUCCUUUACGACUUUUCCUAGAAGGACGAAAUGUGUUAUCGAUGUUUAUAGCCUCUGUAUUUGUUGGCGGUAAAGGGCAUGCUGGACUAGAAAUAUUACCACUUGUUGCUGGAAUUGCAAUAUUUUCAACCGUCUCUGGCUUACUUACGAGUCGUACAGGAAAUUAUCGAUUUUGGAUAUUAUUCGGAUAUGCUCUCACAGUAAUCGGUUGUGGGUUAUUGACCACGCUUGACGAAAAUUCAAACCGUGGAAAACAAAUCGGUUAUUUAUUCAUCGCUGGGUCUGGUAUCGGUUCUUGCAUACAAACAAUUCUUAUAGCAGCACAGAAUGCAGUCAAAUUUGAAGAUAUCGCUGUAGUUACCGCACUUUCUGCCUUUUGGAGAACAAUUGGUGCGGUUCUUGGUGUUGCCAUCUGCGGUACAUUACUAAAUAAUUCAUUACAGGCGAAUCUUCAUGGUUUGCCAUUAACUUCGCAACAAUUCAACGACGUGAAAAAUUCUAUAUCUGCCAUAAAAGACUUACCACCUGACCUUAGAAUGUUGGUAAUUCACGCAUAUGUUAAAGCGCUUCAAGUUGUUUUUAUUUUUGUCACUCCAACAGGUGGAAUAGGCUUUAUAUGUGGACUAUGUCUGAAGCAUAUUCCUUUAAGAAAACAUUUAGGACCAGCUAUGGCUAUAGUACCAAACACAUUACCAAACAAUAAUGAUCUGGAAGAACAAAUUACUGACAACAAUAAAAAUUCCACAUCAUCUUUAUCCUCAAUAGAAUUGUUGUCAAAUCUAAUUUCCGAUACUGACAGUAAUAUCUCAGCCCUCGAAAAUUAUGAGCAUAUCACAUUCCAAAACUCAAGUAUUGAUGAAAGUAUGCGGUUAUCUAACGAUUUAAAUCCGACGGCAGAUUGGACGAAUUUUAGCGACGAGUUUUCGACGACGCCAGUGCAACAACUGGAAAAUCCAUUUGAAUUGUUUAGUUUCCAAAAUUCUCUGAACUUCUUUGAUUUUCAAGACAUUUCGAAAUUAACUGCUACAAUGGCAUAUGAAGAUGAUUCAACAUUGAUGCCAAAUUAUAACAAUGUUUCGUCGAACUCCAAGCAUCAAUUCGAAAAUUCUGAUUAUUCUUCAACAUUAAUAAGAAGCUUAACAGAUUUCCUUACACCACAAGAAUCUGCAUCGUCCAAGCAAAAGAGCAUUUUAAUAAAACCAAAUCCUUUAAACUUAAAUUUAAAUAAUGCUACAUCUUCUACCACUCGUAAUUAA